AUGACCUAUGGCCGUAUAUCGGGUAAGACCCCUACACAUGUACUCUAUCGGUCCAGCGCGUUGAUGUCAAGGGGCUACAUUCACGGCCAUGAUGUCAACUGCUUGCCCGAGUGUUUCAGGCAUUACUUCAUCAUCUGGGUUCAGGUGUGCGUGGGCAUCGGAGAGGUCCACAACCUCGACGUGCGCGUCACUGCGCGCGUUCUGUGCGCGGGUGCCGGCGCCGACUACGGUGACAUCUAA